AUGAGUCGGAAUUUAGGAGAAUACGAAAACCUAAGUAUUUUAGAGGAAAAAUUAGAAAAACAUUUACAGAUUGUUAAUAAGUUAAUAAAUCAUAGUAAGGAAAAUAUAGAAAAAUUAGAUGAUUAUAUAAAUACAAAAUAUAAUGAAAUUAAACAAUUAGCAAAAAAAAAACCAACUAGAAUAAAUUGGAUAAAAAAUGAAGAAAAAACACAUAUGUCCAUAUUUUUUGAUAGAGAAUUUGGUUUAAUACCUUCGAAUGAAGAUGCAUUAAAAAUGCUUCAAUUUGAAUCAAACAAUACAAAAUAUAGAAAAAAAUAUGAAUUUAAAAAAAAUGAUUGGACAAAAAAAGAUAUUGAUAUUUUAUUUAAAACUGUAGAUGAAUUAUCAAAAAAAUAUGCCAGUCAUUAUUUAAUUGACCCUAAUUUACCAUAUGAAUUAAAAAUGGAAAAAAAGAAAGAAAUUGAAGAUGAAAAAGAUGUUAAACAUAUUUUUAAUAAAAUUAAAUUAUAUUUUGAAAAUGAAAUAAAACAUCAAGGUAAUAUCAUUAACAAAGAAAUGAAAAACAAUAAUAAUAUCGAAAUUGACAAUAGUGAAAAAAAUUUAAUUUCACAAAAUGAUAUGGAUAAUAAAUUAGAUAUUAAUUCAUUUCCAAGUUUUUUAGAAAUGUUUUGGAAUGAUGUAUCAAAAAAUGUUAAAAAUUCACAAAAUUCGAUAGAAUGUCAAAAGACAUGGUUAUAUCAAGCAUGUUUUGAGGAUGAUAAACAAAAAAAAUGGAAUGAUGAUGAAAUAAAAAAAUUAUUAAAUUUAGCAAAAAAAUAUGAAGAAAGAGAAUGGAAAAACAUAGCAAGAGAAUUAAAUACAAAUAGAAGUCCCUUAAGUUGUUUUCAACAAUAUAUUAAAAUAAAAAAAAUAUAUGAAACAAAAGAAAAAAAUACAUUGGAAAGAAUAGCUUUUAAUGCUUUAGAAGAUAUACAAUUACAAAUAUUAGUCUCAAUUAUUGGUGAUAAAAAUUGGGGAGAAAUUAAAAAACAUAUGGAAAGUCUUAAUUCAAAUACACAUAGAAUAAAUACAAGAAAAAGCCCUAAAGAAAAUAUCAAAAAUAAGCAAAAAAAAAACCUUAAUGAUGAAAUUUCUUAUAAAAGGCGAUAUUUGCGCCUCGUUAAAAAAUGUAACUAA